UUGCCCCUCGAGGACACCCUUCGAGACCUCGCAUUGAUCCGCGCCUUCGAGGUCGACCUCGCCUCUGUCCUCACAUCCUCAAAUCCAGCUCAAUCCACACCCUCGACUGCAUCGUCCACCAACGGCGCGGUUGACGAGUCGGUCACACGUUCGUACGAGUUCGCGAAAGCUGCACGGGAGGCCAUGAGGAUUCAAAACAGGGGAGCGGUGGACAAACAGGGUGAGAGGGUAGAAGAGGUCAGAGCAAAGUUGGCAGAGGUC